AUCGAAGUCUGAAUAUUUGAGGAAUUGAUCUUUCGAGUACAAUUAAUAUGAGUAUUAUGAGUUCAGAAUCUUGAUCAGGGUGAGAUAACUAAUGAGUAAUUUUGCAGGGUUAUUGGGGAAGAUGAACUAAAGUAUUGAAUAUUUCGAAGUUUAAUUUCAAAGUCAGCAAUGCUACAUGAGACUUCAUAUCCGUUCAACUACUCGAAUUUCAGGUCUCAAGUGAGAUUAGUGUGAAAACGAUUGUUCUUCUAAAAUAUGCUCAAAAUUAAAUACUCUGCUAGUUUUUCCAUAGUUUUCAAAAGUGUUCAAUGUUGAACCAUUCUACUUCAAAUUAAUAAGAUUUUCUCAGCUUUCUUUUCAUAAAAUUUGAAACGUAAAAAAAAGCAAAAUAGUGAAAUGGUAAAAUCCAACGAUUGGUGUUGAAUUUUUCACGUUCACUGAUUGGUUGAAAUCCUACCUACUUAACGUAACCUACAUUUCACCGAAGCACCGCCCGGUUGCGGUGGUGUGGCUAAAAUUGUAAAUAAAAUAUAAUCAAAUCAGAUAAAAAAUAAAUCAAUGAAGAGUGUUUGAUGAAGUAAAUUAUAAGAAGAUUGCCUUUAAUUAAAAGUUUUUGCUAGUCUAUCUGUAUAAUUUCCGCCUCUUUAAACGUUAUGUAAUCUGUACGUUGUUCAGUGGGUAUGCAUAAAUACCCGCAUAAUUAAUCAUAGAGUUUUAAGCGAUUUUGUUUAUUUGCUGAGUGGAAAAAUUUUUCCUAAUGAAGACUUCAUCUAUUUGUUGAUAUCGUACAUUUUUAUCAAAAAUUACCUUAAUUAUGGAAGAAACAAUUCCUGUACUGCUUGUCACAGCCAACGUAGGAUCUAUUUUCGAAGAUCCGGAUGCUAUGGUAGGAUUAUGGAUACAAGAAUUCAUACAGACUGUAUCACGUUUCGACGUGAAAUUCGUAGCAUUACAUUGUCAAGAAGUUGGAGGCAAAAAUUACGAAACUCGUAUGCAACACGUGGAUAAUUUCGUACAAUUAUUGGUUUCGAGUGAAAAAUUAAAAUCGUUCAAUCGAGCAGUUGUAUUUUUAGACGAAGAUUUUUCGUGCGCUGAAAACUUCACCGCGCUGGGUAAUUUUUAUUUCAUUCACGAAAGCGCCAAAGAAGUUUAUUUAUGGAAUUUUAAAAAACAGAAAUACGAUCCGAUCGAAGGUAAAAAAGUCUACUCGGGGAAUAUCGAAGAUAUCGAAGUCAAAGAAAAAUCAAAAUUUCCUCAAAAUUUUUUCCCAGAGUGCAAAUGGUCGAGAAAAGGUUACCUUCGUACGAGAUGGAGUAUCGAUGACAGUAUAUUUGAUCUCGUUAAUAUUCACUUAUUUCACGAUGCCUCGAAUUUCGUCGCUAUGCAAUCGUAUCCAUCUGUUUAUACCGUCACAAGACAGAAAGCGUUGCAGUAUACUUUAAACAGAUUUUAUAACUAUACAAAAGGAUACGCUCCGUUUUUCUUAUUCGGAGAUUUCAAUUUUCGUACUGAUACUCAAGGUGUUGUGAAGAAACUCACCACCGGCUUAAACGAAUGUAAAGAUAACGAGUUCAAUAAUGACGACACAAGAUUAGAAUAUAAAGAUGAAAGUAGCGAAGUAGUCGUAUCAAUCGGUAAAAAAGAAUUUAGUCAUAAUGAUCAUCAAAACGUUUUCAUUAACGAUUCAGCCGAAUGGUUGAAAGAAUUUGAUCGUGAAAUGGAAGCGUUCAAAGAUCAACUGUUCGAGUUCCCAAUCACAUUCCUUCCUAGUUACCCGUUCGAAGAAAAUUGUUCAAAUGGGCAAUCGUACAUGAAAACCAGGUGUCCGGCGUGGUGCGAUCGAGUUUUAUUGAGUAUGACUGCUAAACAACUGAUUCAUUUGGACGAAGAUAAUAAAAAUAUUGAAUAUGGAGUGAUUGGAAAAGACAGUUGUAUGGGUGAUCAUAAGCCGGUAUACCUAUUCGUACAUCUGAAAUCAGAAGCAGGUAUUAUAUCGCCCAAGUUACCGUUACCGAAAGUGUGCUCGGCUUGUAAGCUUAGUAGUAGCGUGUUUUGCGACGCAUUUCUUAACAGUAGUAACGGCGAAUCGCCGAUGUUGUCAGUAAAAUCGCAUUUUAGUAGUACUAGUAGCAGCAGUAGUAGUUUUCCGCGUGGUAGUAACAACAGCAACAACGGUUAUAACUACGAGACAUCUUGCGCGAACAGUUAUUGUAAAAUGUACCACCGAAACUUGGUGGCGACCAGACACGAGGCGAAUAUAUCGCCCAUGUCGACGGUGACCGAGCUAUCGGAUCGUCUCAGCGAUACCGAUACCGAUAGCUAUUACCUAGCUAGUGCCAUUCCUACCUUAAACAGUAGCAGUAGUAUGGAUAUUUGUAGUAAAAUUAACGAUAGUUGUUCGAAUAGCUUUAACGAUGCGGCUUCGUCGAGUCCGUUGGCCGAAUGUGAUAUACCGUUACCAAACACCUCGAUCGCCGUGACCGUCGUCGACGACGCGGCCUCUUUAUUAUCGUCGCAGCCGCACGCAACUAGUUCCGAAAUCGUCGACGACGAACUUUCGGCUGCCAAAAUCAAACGUCACCAUUUCGCCGAAGAUAACAUGUCGUUUAAUCGAUACCAUCACGAAACGUCGAAAGAAUUCGUCAGCCGGUCGUUCGACGAAACGACGCCGGUUCGUUCGAACUCGGCGUUAAACGUGAUCGAAGGCUCGUGGAGGAGUAAAACGUGCAACUGUCUGCAAGAUACCGGUUGGCGAAUGCGCUCCAUAUCGUCGUCUAGUCGUACAUCUAGCUGGAAUUCCGAUUCCAGAGUCAGAUUGAAAUCCGAUCCGAACCUGAAGAUGUCGCUGCCUCGCAUACAGAGUCACCAUAGUUCCUCGGACGAAGAAUGGUUCGAAGAGGUCGCCGAAAACAGCACAGAGACCGCGUCGAAUACCGAAUUGGAGAUCAGCCGCAAGACCGAUCCGGCCAUCGAGGAGAUCGAAGAGUGUAUCGAAUUCGACGCCACUCCGUCCGCCGAUCAAGCCGCUCGCGUGCCAUUGACUCAGCAAAAUUCCGACGAUAAAGAUAGCUACAAGAAGAGCUUCUUUUUAUUCUGCAUACCGAAACGAUGGCGGCCCAAAGAAACCAGAGUCAAAGAACUAUCUGAUUGUAAGCUAAAAAAAGGAAGGUAUUUUAGGUUUUUAUCGUCGAAAAGUCGCCGAUGUAGAUUAUGCUGCGCUUUAUAAUCUAGGCACAUGUCCUCGCCCCCUUCUCUCCCUUGUCAUCUUGAUUGAUCCCCAUCAUUUUAUUAUCAUCACUCGCUGUGCUCUGCCCUUCAUCCCUGCCCAUUUUAUCGUAAUAUAUUGGUUUCGUUCGUUUACGUGUCAACUUUUUACCUAUCUAUUUCCUUCUCCUGUUUUUUUUUCUUUGCGUGUAUUUUCUCAGUAUUAAUUUUCAUCAUUAUUUAAUAUUUUUAUCCAUUUUGUUUUCAAGACUCGCAAUAACUUUCGUUUUGUUGUAGUUUCAAGUACAAUCGUUAUCAUCACAUUUUUACCUUACCUACUCAAAACCAUUUUAUUUUUCUCUGUUUGUUUUUUUUUUCUUCUUUUUCUUUCUGUCUUAGUCGUUGUUCCUGCUUUUAUGUUAAUUUUCAUUUAUUUUUUACCCAAAUCAUUCGUUUUUUUUUGUCAUUAAUUUAUUUUUUGUUCGGUAAGUUGGUCGUUUAAAACGAUGUCUUUUUUUUGUACUUGUCGCUUGUCUGUAUUUUUGCUCGAUUUUUCAUCAGAGUAUAACGUUCUUCGUGAUAGUUCGAUUGAGAAUGGCAAUGGUGCCAGACGUACCAAAUUUUGGUAAACUUAAUUCAAAAUAUCUGUAUUUUGCAACGUGUGUUGAUCUGGAGUCGUUUAUCAACUUGUUGUGUAGGUCUACUGGCUAUACUGGGUGUCAUUAUAGAGUGGAUGUUUAACUUCGAGGCAACAUUUCAUGAACAAGUUGUCCAUCUGGUAAAUUGAUAGAGUUAAUAUCUGUCGAAAAAAAAGUUUUGGUUUCUGUAAUAGAAAUGAAUUUAGAGAGGUUGUAUUACUAAGAAGUUAUUCCUACUCUCCUCCUUCUAAAAAUAGGAUUCCUUUUUUAAAAUAUUUAUGAAAAAACUUGGAGCUUUCAUAAUUUAAAAAAAAAGUAGAUUUCCAUCUUCAUCUUUCUAGAUUUAAUGUGAUAGGCAAUUUUUUUCAAUUGAGAAUUCGAUAGUUUGAUAAUGAUAAUGCUUAAAGGAUACCUUCUGGGGGGGGGGGGGGUUCAAAAGAAUUGGAUUGAAAAAAUAAACUAAUAUUCGAAUUCAGCGCAUCAAAUCAAUAACAAUUGAUAUGCCCGAUCUUCAUUUUUGAAUUUUGAUCAAAAUUCGGAAUCUUUGUGCCUCCAAAAGUACGUUGAAAUAACCCUCUUAGAAAAUUAAUUUGUUAAAAAGUAGAUAGAAAUGGGGUUUCAUUGAAAUUUUUCCUAAUUCUUAAAUGGUAGUUUGAACUUCUGUAUUUAUCACGAGAAGUUGAACUCUCACCUUGAAAAUUUUGAAUCGAGCUUGUCAAAUUUCAAUCACUGAUUUUCGAUUCAACUUUUUCAAGCACAUUUGCUUCAAGUUUAUCCAAUCUUGAUGUUCAUCUGAAGUUUUUAAAGUCGAAUCAGCAUAUCAAAAGAGCAUGUCCUAAAACCCUCAUAAUCCAAAUUUUAAAUUCUAAAAUUUAUUUUUGAAUUUAAAAAAUUUUUAAAAACUUUUCAAGUUUGCUUUUCAAAUUUUUUCAUAAAAUAUAAAUUUUUUUGAGAAAAGUGAAUCAAUUUGAAUAAUUCCUACAAUUUUGGGUCAUUCUGAAGCUGCCAGCCAUUCUCCAAUUUUCUCCAGAAACUUCAAAUCGUUAUCGAAAGAGCAUCGUCCUAAAACCCUCAUACCCCAAAUUUUAGGUGCUGAUGUUCAUUUUUGGAUUUUCGGAGCAUUUUUGAACUAAAAAAUUUUUUAAAAAGUUUUCAAAUUCGAUUUUAAAAUUUUUUUUAUAAAAUAUAAUUUUUUUGAGCAAAGUGAAUCAAUUUGAAUAAUUCCUACAAUUUCAGGCCAUUCUGAAGCCGCCAGUGAUUUUCCAAUUUUCUCCAGAAACUUCAAAUCACUCAGGAAAGGCCAAUAAUCAACUUCGAUUUUAAAUUAGCUCACCUGGAAUUUCACGAUAGUUACCUAAGGGGCUAACGUUUAUUUUGGGCCUUCCUGGAGUAAUUAAAAAUUUUUGGAGGAAUUCGAAAAAUCGCUGGAGGCUUCAAAAUGUCUCAAAACUAGUAGGUAGUUAAUGAAGUGUGGAAAUUGAAUUUAAAAAAUUGUUCACAUUGAUCAUUUUGCUCAAAAAAUUCAUGUUUCAUAAAAAAUUACUUUUUUUGAGUUUUUAAAAUUUUCAAAAAUUAAAAAAAUCCAAAAAUUAACCUUGGCACUUGAAAUUUUGAUUAAUGGGUUUUAGGGCAUGGGGCAUGUUCUCUUGAUCAAGCUUGCGUUCGUUCAAACUGGAGAUUGUCUGAUUGUCGGUUCCAACGAUUGAUCCUUUGUGAGAAAUGAGAAGCUUCAUUUACAAUAUUAAUUUUAAUUUUUUUACGAUUUGACUGAAGAAUGUCUAAAUGUGGAAUAAUCCUAUUUCUUGAGCCCCCCUCUCCUGAAAAAGAUGGGAACAUGAUGAAAAACCUUGAAAUUAUCUUAUACCAUCAAAGUGAUAUUAUUUUCAUGAAAAAGUUUAAAACCCCUUAAUACAGCUUUUUUGAUUUUUUUUUUCAUUUUCAAAAAUUUGCCAAUAAUCGAAAAAUUGACUCGAAUUUCUGAAAUUUUGGUUAUGGAGGUUUUACAACAUGCUUUUUCGAUCUAGCUUAGUUUCGUUCAAAUCGGAGAACGACAGUUCAAAAUAUUCCCUUGUUAUCCAAUUUUUGGUUUGGUCAUUCACUUCGUAAGCUCCUUAAAUUUUUUUUAAAAAGAAGUACAUAGUUAUUUUUUCAUAGAAAAAAUUAUUAGACAUUGCUUGGAAACAGAGAAAGACCUUUUGGUCUACUCUUCAAUUUUUAAAUUUUGUUUUCAAUAACAUUAUUUCGACUAGGUAUUGAUUUUUUUGAAAAUUGUUUUUUUUUUUCAAAUUUUGACAGUCUACUAGAUGAUUCUUUUUUUAUUUUUUAACAAAAUUUAAUCAGAUUUUGGACGUGUUGGGGUUGCCCAAUGAUGCUUUUUUUGGUUUCAGAAUUUCUUAACAAUAACUUUGAGUUUUAAUUAAGUCAUUAUUAAUUUUUUUUUCUCAAUUUUAAUCAGGAAGGGGUGGAUAGGUUGCAUCGAUGAUGGAGAAUGAGGAGUCGUUAACCAUCGCCCCGAAUCCGUCUUGAGGUAUUCAAUUAAAUAACUUCAUCGAGUAGAAUUUAAUUCUUGAAAAUCCUCGUUCAGUAAAAUCUAUAAAAUGUGGAUUCUACUUACAUAAAGAUGUUAUUUUUCUGAAUUUUUAUUCGGAUCCAUGAGUCGAUUUUUGUUUUAAAAAUCGAGCAUUUGAUCAUUCUUCAGUUUCCAACAUCCUUUCUUCUUAUCUUACCUAUUCAUGAUUAAACUGAUUGAAAUUUAUGAAUGAAUGAAUAAUGAGUUGGUACUCCUCGUUUCGAUGAAUCAGAAUACUAAGUCAUGGUAUCUCUUUUAAACAUUUUUUUUGAACUUUGUUUCCAAUUGAUCGCUUUAUCUACGAAGUUUGACGCUACGAAAUGCACGAUGAGUUGCAUAUUCCUAUCAUCGAAGGAGUCAAAGUAUUCUCACAGUAUUUUAUCCUACGUACACAAUACAACUUAAAAUUGACAUUUUUUUGAAUUUUCAUCGCUUUGUUUUCAUCUUUGGAAAUUUUUCAAUUGAUCAUCGUCCUUUUUUUUUGUAUUCUCCAUUUUUCAUUCUGAGAUUUCGUUCUGCUCUCAUUUUUCCAUUCUGUUUUUUUUUCUUCGCCAUAAUUGUAAGUUCAAAGACUAAAGAAUAAGGAUAGAAAAAGAUAUCUUAACAAGACUUAUUAAAGUUCAGCGUUUGGUGCCAUUUGUCAUUAUUUUAAUCAAUCCAUACCCUAUGGAUUUUUUAUUACAUCACAAUUUUAUAGUCACAAUCAUUUUACUUUUUUUUUUUCAAGUGUUAGUUUCGUAUUGUCGAAAAAAAAUAUCAUAAAAAAGUAUUAAGUCGUAUUUGAUUGUUAGUGAUCAACAUCACUCGAAGAGCUUUCAUUAGUUACCAAUUUAAUUAUUAUAUCGAUCGCUGUGUGUCAGCAAGUCCAAUGCGAGUGAUAAACAACUACCUAUCCUGGUUUUGUUUGAAUAAAUUUGAUUUUAAAAAAUAUAAUAAAAUCAUCCAGGAAGGAUAAGUAAGUAUUAACCUACUACGAUGCUGAUCACAUGGCAUCGGUUCGAUGUACCUGUAUUACAUACCAUAAUACAUACAGUAGGCUUGUAAUAUCGUAGAAAAUUUCUAGUAAUUGGUAAUUAAUAAAAGAUAAUCUCAUAAUAGCCUACGCUUAGUUCUAAACCUAGGUAUUGUAUUGUUUUUCUAAUUUAAUUCCUCGUCGUCGUUCUUAUACUGUUAUUGUGGUGUAACUUAAAAAUGCGAAAUUCGAUGUUGUGUCAUUAAAACCUUUUUAGUUGCGCUUUUUA